AUGUCACGGAGAGACUCAUUGGCUACUGAUGAGAGGCUUAAUGCUCUAGAAGAAGAGGUACGGCUUCUGUGGGCUGCAUCAAGAAAGUACAACUUCGAUCUUCAUGUUUUAGAGUCUAAAGCACAAGAUGAUGAGGAUAGACUCGAAACGGUUGCCUCUCAGGCUCCAAAGGUCAUGCACUGA